AUGGCGUUCCCAGGAUCCGCUGCAACGGCCAACACCAGAGCAGUCCUCCUUCCUGCUGCUGCCACGUGGCAGCACGUCAGCGUGACGUCAGCAUCCAGCUACACUCGAAUCUCCCCCGCAUCUUUCAUUAACGCUCUCAGUUCCCAACGAGACAGGAGGGGAAGAUGUUCGAGGGGAGGACUAGAGAGUCACAGAAGGCCACUGACCCUGAGAAGAGAUGGUGCUUUCCCAGGCGUGUUGGUAGGCGCGAGAGGGGAGAAUGGGGGAUGCGGUAGGGAAAGGAGGGGGGUUUGCGUGCGAGCGGAUGGGACUGCAACGGGAACGAAUGGCGUGACGACAAGUGGCAGCAGCGGAUGGGUGGAGCGGCGGGAGGAAGAGAUUGCUGCGGUGAGUCCAGGGACUUCAGGUGACAUUUCAGGUGAUCCUUCAGGUGACGUUCAGCUCGUGGAUGACGUGAAGGCCAUUCUGGCUCACGACCAUGCGUCCCUCCCCGUGGGUCUGGUGGACGAAUUGAAGGCCAUUCUGGCGCGCGACCAUGCGUACCUCCCCGUGGGCGAGUAUGAGCGAGACGACGAGGCCAUGCUGAGGUGGUUCUUGAAUCCAUUCCUUCUCUCAUCCUCUCUCUUCCCCCAAUCAACAUCAGCUCGUGGACGAGGUAAAGAGCACCUUGGCUCACGACCAUGCGUCCCUCCCCGUGGGCGACUCGUGGAGGAAGUAAAGGCUAUUCUGGCGCGCGACUAUGCGUCACUCCCCGUGGGCGAGUAUGGGAGGGACGAUGACGCCAUGUUGAGGUGGUUUCUCAAGGAUCGCAAGUACAAGGUGGAGCCCACGGUGGAGAAGCUUGCCAAAGCAAUUAAAUGGCGCCACGAGUUUGGAGUGGCGGGGCUGACAGCUGCUGACGUGGCAGAGGAGGGGGCCACGGGGAAGGCGUUUCUCCACGAGCAUGCUGACGUGGACGGGCGGCCGGUGAUCGUUGUCGUGGCAGCAAAACACUUUCCCGAUUCAUCCCGGCUCGUGUACAGCCAGCAGCUGUGUGCCUACCUCAUUGAAAGGGCCAUUGAGCGACUGCCGGAGGGGGAGGAGCAGUUCCGCGGGAUAUUCGACCUGCGGGGGUUCUCCGCUAAAAACACUGACUUGGCUUUCGUGAAGUUCAUGAUCGACGUGUUCUUCAACUAUUAUCCCAAGAGAUUGAACCAGGUGCUCUUUGUGGACGCGCCCUUCAUCUUCCAGCCAGGGUGGAAGGUCAUGAAGCCACUGCUGAAGUCGUAUGCCAACCUGGUUGUCUUCUGCAAGGCUGAGGAGGUUAGAGACAAGUAUUUUCUGCCAGGCCAAGCACCUGAUUCGUAUAAUUGA